AUGAUAUAAUUAUUUAUCAUUAUAGCACUUGCUUUUUCUAAGCCUCUCAACCCAAAAAAAGUCAUUUAUGCUAUAAAUUGUGGUGCUCCAUCGAAUUAUAAAAGUCCCUCAGGAAUUCAAUACGAAAAAGAUAUACAAACAGAUCCUGAAACAGUGGUAGCAGACUACAGUUUGAAUUCAGAAGUGGCUAGUCAACAAAUCAAAUAUACAAGAGAGCCAGAAAUCUAUUUAACAGAAAGGCACGCUUACAAGUCAUUCUCAUAUCAGAUUCCUUUGUAAAAAGAAGGCACUUAUACUCUAAUUCUUAAAUUUGCAGAAAUGUACUUUGACACUAAAGGAAAGAGAGUCUUCCAUAUUAAAUUUGGACAAUAAAGAGUCGUAGAAAAACUUGAUGUUGUGGCCAAAGUUGGAAAGUUUGCUUCAAAUGAUGAAUAUAUAGAAUUUGAAUAUGUAGCAGGUCAAGUAUUUCAUAAUAAUGUUUUAUGUGUAGAUGCAGUUUAGGAAGGUAAAUUAUAGGUGAAUCUUGAAAAAACAAAAUUUGAUAAUCCAUAUAUUCAUGGCAUAGUUUUGUAUGCAGGUGGAAUAAUUGAAACAGAUUAUGAAGAAUAUCAAUACAUGAAGGAGAAUUGGGAGAAAGUUAUUAAUGAAGAAAAGAUUAAGGAAGAACUCGAGAGAUAGAAAAAAUCUGAAGCCAAGGUUAAAAGGAAGGAGAGAGUUAAAAUUAGAAAUGAUCACUUAAAUGAAUUAGAAAAUGAAUUUGAAGUUGAUGAUUAGUCAUAGAACACUUCUGCCCCAGUUACUUAAAGAGGGGGAUUAAGAAAUUUCAUAACUAGUCCUUUUGGUACUGCAAUUUUAUUCUCUUCCUUUUCUAUUGGAGUGUUUAUUUUGAAAAAUUUAAUAAUUGCUAUUUCUAAUGCAAAAAUCAAAGGCACUGAAAAAGAAGUUAUUGAAACAAAAUCUAAGCAGGAAAAACAAGUUAAAGAGAAAAGUGAGAAAAGUGAGUAAAGUGAAAAGAAGAAUAAAACCAAAGAUAUAAAAGAGAAAUCUAAAGCAAAAUAAUAGUGA